CGUUUUUCCUUGCAGAAAACAUAGACAUUAUAUUAAGGCAAUGCCAAAUUUUACAGAUGUAACCGAAUUCCUUCUUGUUGGAUUGACAAGGCGUCAGGAACUCCGGGUUCUCUUUUUUGUAGUGUUCUUGGUUGUUUACAUGGUCACUCUGUUGGGCAACAUUGGUAUGAUAAUUUUGAUCAGUAUCAGUCCGCAGCUUCAGAGUCCUAUGUAUUUUUUCCUAAGUCAUUUGUCCUUUGUGGAUGUGUUGUUCUCCUCAAAUGUUACCCCCAAAAUGCUGGAAAACUUAAUAUCAGAAACAAAAACAAUUUCUUAUGUUGGAUGCUUGGUACAGUGCUACUUUUUCAUUGCUCUGGUGCACGUGGAGGUCUAUAUUCUGGCAGUGAUGGCCUUUGAUCGCUACAUGGCCAUCUGCAACCCUUUGUUGUACAGCAGCAAGAUGUCCAGGGUUGUCUGUAUCCGCCUCAUUUCUGUGCCUUAUGUCUAUGGAUUCUCUGUGAGUCUGAUUUGCACUCUGUGGACAUAUGGUUUAUAUUUCUGUGGAAACAUUAAAAUCAACCACUUCUAUUGUGCUGAUCCUCCUCUCAUCAAGAUUGCCUGUGGAGGAGUGCAUAUCAAAGAGUACACAAUGAUUGUCAUUGCUGGCAUUAACUUCACGUAUUCCUUGUCAGUGGUUCUCAUUUCAUAUGUGCUCAUUGUAGUAGCUGUGUUACGCAUGCACUCAGCUGAUGGCAGGAGAAAGGCAUUCUCUACCUGUGGAUCCCACUUAACAGCUGUAUCCAUGUUUUAUGGAACCCUCAUAUUCAUGUAUCUGAGAAGACCAACGGAGGAGUCUGUGGAGCAGGGAAAGAUGGUGGCUGUCUUUUAUACCAGUGUGAUUCCUAUGCUGAACCCCAUGAUCUACAGUCUCAGGAACAAAGAUGUGAAAGAAGCAGUCUACAAGAUAGUUGCCAAGGCAAACUUAAGGAAAUGAAAUCAAAACAUAUUUUAGAAGCGUGUUUAUCCAAAUGUGUUGAACAAGCA